ACCUCCCGCUACGUUCUUAUUAGUUAUUACCGCCCCUCCGAGGAGGAGAUGCGAUACCAAACUCUCCGCGCACUUCUUUUCCCAGAACGGUGGGGUAUAUACUUUGCCUUUCUCCCUCGCACCGAAUGUUUCCAUUGAUGUACACGCACGCACACGACAGGGCGUAGGAGAGGGAGAGAGAAAGGGAGAGGAGGAGGAGGAGGGCGAUGCUUUUGAGGAAGCCGAGAGGACGAGGAAGAGGAGGAGGAAGAGCCCUACCUCUCUUCUCCAUGGCCGUCGCCUCCUUCGCCUCCCUCCGCCUCUUCCCCAACCCCAACCCCAACCCUAGGUUCGUCCGCUUCCGCGCCCGAGCCGAUGGGGGCGGCGGCAGCGCCGGCGGAGGCGGGGGACGGUGGCCGCCGCCGCCGCCGCCGGACACCGGGAAGAAGUCCUUCGCGGUGGCAACCGGGGAGCUGUUCCUGGGGCUCGCGUCAUUGCUCAUCAGGAACAAGGACGGCGCCGCCUCGGCGCCGGCGCCAUCGGGGGAGGCCCCAAAUGCGAUCGCGGAUCGAGGGGAGACGUACAUUAGCAGGAGGAGGAGGGAGUCGAUUGCGGCGGCGGAGGCGGUGGUGGAGGAUGCGGUGGAUGAGGAGCUGGUUUGGGAGCAGAGGGCGGAGGAUGUGGAGGCAGAGAUGGAGCGGAGGAAGGUGACGAGCCCAGGGUUUAGCUUCUCGGCCGCAGGGCUCCUCCUCCCUUAUCAUCUCGGGGUUGCUCAGUUCCUUCUUGAGAAGGGCUACAUCAAGGAAACCACACCAUUAGCUGGCUCAUCAGCUGGUGCCAUAGUCUGUGCAGUUAUUGCUUCUGGAAAUAGCAUGGAACAUGCCCUGCAAAUGACCAAGGUUCUGGCGGAGGAUUGCCGGGUGAGAGGCACUGCAUUUCGGCUUGGGGCUCUACUUAGAGAUGUGCUUAACAGAUUUCUUCCUGAUGAUGCACACAUUAGAUCUAAUGGAAGGGUUCGUGUUGCAAUUACUCAGUUAUUUUGGAGGCCAAGGGGUCUACUUGUGGAUCAAUUCGACUCUAAGGAAGAUCUCGUUAAUGCACUUUUUACAUCAUCUUUCAUUCCAGGAUAUUUAGCUCCGAGGCCUGCAACAAUGUUCCGGAACCGAUUGUGCAUUGAUGGGGGCCUUACAUUGUUUAUGCCUCCUACUUCUGCUUCUGAAACAGUUCGAGUUUGUGCUUUCCCAGCUAGCCGUUUGGGACUGCGAGGGAUUGGAAUAAGCCCAGAUUGCAAUCCCGAGAACAGAGCCACUCCACGACAGCUAUUUAACUGGGCACUAGAGCCUGCUGCGGAUUAUAUUCUCGACAAGUUGUUUGAGCUUGGGUAUCUGGAUGCAGCCGUCUGGGCCGAGCAGAAUCCUGUGGACUUGAUUGUGAAGGAUGAAAGUGGCCCUGCACUCAACUAAACACUUCCUCACCUCUUUCUGUUCUCUUAUGCAGUAGUAGUACAAUGCUCUACACUCUUUUUUGAGACUUUUUUUAAAAAAAAUAUUAACAAGAAAACUUAGCAGCUGAAGUAUAUCUGAGAGUCCUGAACAAUGAUGUCAAGAAACAUGAAAGUUGGAUACAAAGAGGACACCGCACAUGUGAGGCCACAGCAAUUUUUUUUUUUUUUGUUCACUUUGUGUUUUUCCUUUAUUUUACUCGUAUUCUGAUAUAUUCGAAUUUGUAAGAUAUGUGUAGAGAACACUUUCAGUUAGUGACAUCCAAAAAAAAGUUAUUUAUAGGUUCAGAGCUCAUACAAAGAAUCCAGAAUUAUUGUAUCUGUAAUUCUAUAUAUAUAUGCAUAAUUUUUCUCAGAA